UAAUCUUUGUUUUGUCCAUGGUUCAAGUGUUUUCUUCCACUUCCGAAAGAGCUUCCAACGCCAUUGAUCCACUUGAAAUACUUGUGUAUGGAAUGGGUAUGGUUUAGGCACAAAUAUGCAGUACCUUUUUUUGUUCUUUUAAUUCGAAACUCCCCAAACCUGGAGAAACUUAAGCUAGAGCUUUCGGUCUAUGACUUAUUUGAUGAAUCUGAGACGAGCUCUUUUCCACAUGAAGAUUAUUCAGAUAUUAUGUUGGAGCAUCUUAACGAAUUAGAGAUUUUACAUAUUAGCAACGAGGAGAGUGAGUUGGCUGUUGUGAAGCUUAUUUUGGCCAAGUCACCUGCACUAAAGAAUGUGCGGAUACUCAUAUGGGAUCAGGUUGAUGAGGAUGAAAAGUUGGAGAUUUCGGAAAUAGUUUUAAGUUUCACAUGUGCAUCACCUAUGGUAAAAAUCAUUGUUAGUUCAGUUCAAAACUAAUUAGUCGUAGCACUUGAUGGUUUUGUUGACUAUUUAGUGAUAUGAACAAUUUUGUUUUGAUUGCAA